CGCACAGGUGAGGGAAAGGGCGACAAGAAGCGAGUGGUAAGCGCUGUUCGCCUAUCGCUACUCCCAUUCGACUACUUGUGGACGACUGUCCGUAAGUUCGCCGAAGAGACCAAACUGUUGUCCAUCGAUGACCUGUCGCUGGUGUCUGCGGCCAAAGCGCGACUCACCGAAUACAAGCCUGACAUCCGAGAGCGGGCCCACUGUCUGCCCAACGCCACGGAUGUGGUCGCUCUGAGGGCCAAAACACAGCUCUCGACCCGCGUAUUGAAGGGCAAAGUCGGUGAUGUCGGCGAAGAGGCCAACGCCGUGGAACUGGACUUAGGCCUGCCCUACGUGUUGACCGGUAUGGGAGUAAUGCUCUCGUCGUCCGGCAAAACCCGAUACGCUUUCAAAUUGGAGACAUCUAUGGAUCGCAAAGACUGGCAAAUGUUGUAUGACUUCACUAAAUAUCAUACGAGCAAUAAAUUGGAUCUAAUGUUCAAUCCGUUGGUCGCCAGAUAUGUCCGCCUUUCCGACGCCGUGAGUUACCCGGAUUGGGCGGAAAAGCGCAAAGACUCGAAGCCGGUGCGCAAAAUCACGAAUCUGGUGGCCGUGUAUGAGGAGCCGCAGGGAGUGGUCCAACUGCGCGACCACUUGUUGGCCUCGAAAUACCUGCUCCGAGACUUGGCCUGCGAUUUCACGUACACCUCGUGGCACAAGAAGGCGGGCAAAACAUACUACGUUUCGGCCCUCAACGACCCCAUCAUUUGCAUACUCUCACAGCCCGUAUGGAUGGACACGAUCUCACUCUUCGUGCCCGACGACGAGCCCGAGAAGGAGUGGAACUUUACCGUUGAGGUCACCGCCGAUCCGGACGUCGACUUCAAGACCGCCAAAGUUGUGGAGAGCGGUGGCGGCGGCGGCAGCACAAGGGGUGCCAAAGGGGGUGUCAAAAAGGUGGCCAAAGGGGGCAAUGGGUGGCAAAUGGUGGGCGACUUCCGCGAAGAGGCGCGCAAAGGCGACGUUGAGGUGGCGUUCGAGCCGACAAUAGUGAACGCCUUCCGUCUGACGGCUACCCGACUGUCGGGCGGCACCUAUAAGGGAAAGGAGAGGGACUUUGCCGUCGAGAUCCGUAUUUAGCGCACAGAAUAUUCUUGGAUAAUCCGUGGAUAAUAUCUCGCGUAUGGA